GUGACGCGAACCCAGAGGAAAGUUCGACGACGAUCGAAAUUUCUGGCGGCUGUUGUGUUGUUAGCUUGGCCUGAAACGAAAACCCAAACCAUCAUAUCCCCCUUUUUUCCACACACAAAACAACCACACCACCACAGAAACCAAACGACACAAAGAGAAACAGAGGAAGAAGAAGAAGAAGAAGAAUGGUGCUGUGGGAGAUCACAUUGGGAACAGCCUAUUUCUUGGGUCUGAGACGGACCUACAGACUCGCCUUGAGGAUUCAACGCCGCGUCAUAAGCCCCAAGCAUCCCAAGAUCCGUCAAUUUGCUCACAGGCGAACUCGUGCCGUGUUUGACGCUGCCGUGAGUGUCCACAAGAACAUACAGCAAAGAGACAUAGACUUGGGGCGGAACCUUGGGAACUGGAUCCUACGUUGGCUUGAUCGAAUGAAACCAUCAGCCAAUAUUCGAGCUCCGCCUGAAUUCAAACUCCCUAAGAAUUGUGCUAGCUCGAGCAUGAGCAUGACAAAGCAGGUAAACUCAUCCUCCCUGAAAAAUCCAGGCAGCAUCCAGGUUAGAAAUCAGGAAUCUGAUAGGCAUAUGUUUUCAUCAAUGACAAAUGGGUUGACUAAAACACUCCCUUCAAUUUCCAUGAUGAUGAGAGCAAGAAAGACCUCCGGCACUAUGACUCAGUAUAGGAACUUAUUCACAAAUAGACCUGAAGCAUUAAGGUCUGACUACACCCGAGGUAGCUUUGGGGGAGUUAUACGUAAGGAUAUUAUGCAGUGGGUGCAGCAAAAUUGAUAGCAACAGAUUGUAGUCAAUUUGUGUUCUAGAGCCAGAUUGUCAUGCGAUUGUGAAUUACAGGAGCAGAUAGGUCUUGAGGAUGUGUUUUGGAUGUAAUACAGUUCCUCUGACGCUGACUACUGUUUUUCAAAAUUUACUUUGAUAGAUUUUUCUUCUUCAGUCAAAAACUAUAAACUACUUUUGUUGCCUUUGUUUCUUUUGGGAAGUUGUUGCCUGUGACUCCAGAUGAUUCUGUAAUAAAAUAAAUGGGAAGAUCUGAGUCUGGUUGUUACUCUGUGGUUUCUUGUCACUUGCCACAAAUGUUAAUUCAUUUCACCCUGGAGCCGGUGCACGAAUAUCACAUGUUCUUCUGUGUUGAAGUACCUGAAAGUCGAAGUUGGAUGGAGUAGACCCUAGUGUUUUACCAUAUGCAGCUAUGGCUGUCCAUGUAUGUGAGGUUGGUGCGCUUUGCGGCUAGUGAAGCGAUUGAAUGUUGUAGUGUAAUUCUCUGCAGCUUUCUAAUAUCUAUGCUUGGCCGUGUAUUGCAUUUGCUUGUUUAGUUUCCUAGUUAUUGCUGUUCAGUCGACCAUUGGAAGACAAUAUCAGGCAAUUACAUGAUUAACUUUAGGUUAAAUUCAUAUCUAAACCUCAUGUUGCAGUUGUAGUUGUUUUACGAAGAUGUUCAUCUUCAUGAGCUUGUAUAUUAAAUAUAUACAAAAAAUUUAUUUACA